AUGACAGAUCUGGAGAAGAUGCUAGGCCUCGCGCAGCCACUACCCAAAACCGUGGCCCAAAAGUUCACGACCGCCUUCCACGCCAAGGAUAUUGUUUUCUCUCAGACAAGCCUUGCACAUCUUCGUGCCAAAGGAGGAGCUUUAUUCCAACUGCGGUAUUGUCCCGCUCUGCAGAAGAAGCCGCAAGGAAACGAUUCGGGUUCCAAACCGAAGUCGACCGGCACCAAGUUUGAUCCUUUUGCAGCUCCAGCACCAGAACUCCUCAUCGCCCAAAUCCCAGCCCCGAACCCGUCUCAUACAUUAGUCCUGAACAAGUACCCGGUCAUUCACAAUCAUUUCAUCAUCGCCACCAAGGACAAUAAGCCGCAAACAGACCUUUUGGAAGAAGACGACCUGGGCCUUACCUAUGCCUGCCUGCGCGCCUGGCAGACUCAUCAGGAUGAGGGACGCUCUUCACGUCUUUUUGCUUUCUUUAACUCAGGAGAGCACAGCGGGGCUAGCCAGGUGCACCGUCACCUGCAGUUCCUCCCCGUCGAGGACAUGGCGAGUUCUGACAACCAAGAGUGGGGCCCUCUCAUUGAUCGCAUGAACACCAGAGUUCAUCCAAAUAUGCCACUGUUUCAGGAUCCCUGUUUGCCGAUCUUGCACUUCUCGACACCACUUGAAGAAGGAGUCUCAAAGGCAGAGUUGCAUCGCAAAUAUUUGUCACUGAUGAGAGCAGCUAUGUCCGCCAUGCAACGUCCUGAUCAGCACGGGAACGAGGAAUUAGCAGUGGAAAUGAACGGCCAAACUCUCCUCUCGUACAACCUUGCCAUGACAACUGACAGGAUGGCCAUUUGUCCCCGGAGCCAAGAAGCAACAGCCAUUCCUGGAGCUGGCCCAGGAAGUUCGGUAGCAAUCAACGGCACGAUUCUCGCGGGCACCCUCAUGGUCAAGGACGAGACAGAAUGGGAUAUCCUUCGACAGGAUCAUGCCCUUCUUGACGAGCUCCUAACAGCUAUUGGUUAUCCUUUAGCUUCGCGGCGAUAA